AUGGGGCCACACAACACUCCCGUUGACAACUAUCACUCCCCCUCCAUGGCGCAAUCCCAAACCCUUCCCCCUCGCUACCGUGCCUCACGCCCCUUCCCCCGUCACUAUCACUCCCCCUCCACGGAGCAUUCCCUCCCCUCCCCCCUCGCUACCAUGCCUGUCCCCUCCCCCCUCGCUACCGUGCCUGUCUCCUCCCCCCACGCACGACCUCCCCUUCCCCUUCGCAAGCACUACCCUUCCCCUUCGCAAGCACUACCCUUCCCCCAUUCCUCUUCCCCCGUCACUAUCACUCCCCCUCCUCGUAGCGUUCUCUCCCCGUCCCCCUCGCUAGCGUGCCCAUCCUCCCCUCCACGCACGCCUAGCACCCCCCUCCCCCGUCGCUAUCACUCUCUCACCGUCACUAUCACUCCCCUUCCCCCUCCCGAACAUUCCCCUUCCCCAUCUCUGUCACUUCCAUCGUUGUGGCGUUCCUUCCCCUUCCCCCUCACUCGCGUGCAAGUUCCCCCCCCAUGCGCGCCCUCCCCUUCCCUGGUCACUAUCACUCCCCCUCCGCGUAGCGUUCUCUCCCCUUCCCCCUCGCUAGCGUGCCCGUCUCCCCCCCCCCACGCACGCCCUCUCCAUCCCCGCCGCUGGCAGUCCCCAUCCUCCAUGCUAGCACUCCCAUUUCCCCUCGCUAGCACCCCCCCUCCACGUAGCAAGCACUCCCCAUUUCCCCUUGUUCUUGUCGACCUUUCAGUCACGCCCCCCACUGCUUCGUUGCACCAGCGUGGAGCGAAUGCCGAUGUUGGGCAACUGCUAGAACUGGAACCACGGUCAGGAGCCAGCUUCACGUACAAGUUCAAGACGUAUCACAUCAACGAGCAUGGAAAGGUGGUGCCCGACGAUGGGUUCGGGCAUGGCGGGGACCGUCGUGGGCCGGCGUAUCGAGAGUUCCUUGCAUCAGGACGCGUGGCUGACGACGAGGGGGGGGAGUUAGAGGAGACAAUUGUGGAGGGAGAGGAAGGGGAGGAGGCUAGUGAGGGAAUAGCGCGACUAUCGGAGCCACAUCCUUUCAGCGGUCGCGGUACAUCGUCCUGUGCAGCCCCUCGAGACGAUAGCGUUAUGAGCCCUACCGCAGAGAGGGGCGGCGCAUCUACCAGAACUGCCCCUCUGCCUGUUAGCCCUACUGCUGUGGGGGGUGGCGCAACUACCACCAGAGCAGUCGCUCACGAUGAGACCCAUGUGAGGUAUGUCGGGUCUCUGCUGCGCUUGGCAGCUGACGCCAGACGCAGCUACAUCCUCACUCAAGGGAGUGGUAUGCCUACUUGA